AGGCUAUAUAAGUAAGCCUAUUCGAGUCAUGUAUAGAACAGUUUAAUAGUAAAACCAAAAUGAGACGAAAUCUCGUAUGUUUAAUGUUCGUUUGCUUCGCUGUCCUUAUAGACGCUGUAUUCGAUAUUGUUGAAAAUGUGGAUCUUGAAAACCAUCCUGGAAAUUUGUUUUCCACAAAUUUAAAAUAUCAUGGUCGCAUCCCAAGACCAAUUUCAGGUAAUAUUACCUUUCUAAAGGAUCUUACCGACAAACAUCGGAUGUCGGUGGAUAUCAAAAGGAUUGAAAAUGGACAAAUGGUGGAUUUUCCGGGACUAAUAAAUCGGACCAUCUGCAAAGCUAUCAAGCUAUUCUAUAAUCCUUAUCUCAAAACUACGCUUAGGACGGGCAAAAACACCAAUCUGAACUUUAAGAAGGGGAAAAUGUGCCCCCUUAAAAAAGGUACUUACUGGGUCAAGAACAUCGUGUACGACGUUAAUAAGUGGAAGACGUAUUGGUGGACUCCUGGUUCCUACUACGUUAAUUUUACGAUCUUCAAUGAAAACGGUAAACCUGGCGGUAAAAUUGCAUUCCAAAUACACCUUAAAGAGAUAUAGUCA